UUGACAACAUGUUUCCAACUAAAGUAGCUGUUAGAUAAGUGCAUUAAGAAAAGAAAAAAAAAAAAAAAGGCCAUGGCAGAAGCAGAGCUGAAUAGCAGAGAAAAGAGAUGGUCUCUCAAGGGAAUGACUGCCGUUGUCACCGGAGGAACAAGAGGCAUAGGGCAUGCUAUAGUAGAAGAAUUAGCAGGAUUUGAAGUGGCAGUGCACACGUGUUCACGCAAUCAAAAAGAGCUUGAUCAAUGUUUACAGGAAUGGAAAAACAAAGGUUUCAAAGUAACUGGGUCUGUCUGCGACGUAUCUCAUCGAGACCAAAGGGAGAAACUCAUGCAGACUGUCUCCUCCAUCUUUAAUGGAAAACUCAACAUUCUUGUCAAUAACGCUGGGAUAGCUCUAGCUAAAGAAGCAGUGGAGAUAAGUCCUGAAGACAUAUCCUUGGUAAUGGGUAUCAAUUUUGAGUCUUGUUAUCAUCUGUGUCAACUUUCACAUCCUCUCUUAAAGGCAUCAGGAAAUGGAAGCAUUAUCAAUAUUUCUUCCAUUGUAAGCAUUGUUGCUACUUCUCAAUCUGCUAUCUACGCAGCUUCUAAAGGAGCAUUGAAUCAAAUCACCAAAAACCUGGCAUGUGAGUGGGCGAAGGACAUGAUUCGCGUUAAUGCAAUUUCACCAGGGCUAAUUAAAACCCCAUUGGUGGAAAAUCUAACGGAAGUUCCUGAACUGGCUGAUUAUAUAUAUCGAUUACUUUGUAGAAUCCCUAUGUCUCGGUUUGGAAAGCCUAAUGAGAUUUCAUCAAUGGUGGCAUUCCUUUGCUUCCCUACUGCUUCCUAUAUAACUGGUCAGGUUAUUACUGUUGAUGGAGGAUUUACUGUGAAUGGAUUUUGCCUUCCAAAUAAUAAAAAUUAGAUAAAUCUUUCUAGUUUGUAAAGAAAACAGAUACUACCUAAAUAAUUAAGGUUUCAGUCUGUAAUGAAAUCAGAUUGUAAUUUUUUUUUUAUUGUAUAUCAUUAAUUAAUUUUAUUAUAUUGUUGCUUA